AUGGUGAAUAGAUCAUCAAAAAAACGUCAACGUGAACAUAUGUCAAGUAGUGAUGAUGAGUCCUCACAUGAAUAUCAAGUUGAAGCUAUUCUUGAUAAACGAAUUACAGGCAAGAAAACGGAAUAUCUACUCAAAUGGAAAGGUUAUUCAAAUGAAGAUAAUACGUGGGAAGAUGAAAAUCAUUUAAAUUGUCCAGCUUUGAUUAAAGACUUUGAAAAAAGUCUAAACAAGAAAAAUAAUGAAAAAAAAUCACAUUCACAUCAUAAAUUAAGAUCAAAAAAACAAACAAUAUCGGAAGAAUCUAAAAAUACAAAUAUGCAAGAUGAUAAUGAAGAUCAUGAAAAUGAUCAACAUGAAUCAAUAAAUACAGAACGUAGUACUGAUUCAACUAUGAAUGAAGAUAAUGGUGUUAAUGAUGAUGAUGGUGAUGAUCUAAUUAUUACACGUCAUAGUGCACGUAAAAAAACUGUCUCGUCUCAAUCAGCUCGACGUCAUUCCAAUAGAAAAAUCGUUAAACAAACAAAACUUCGUAUUACAUCAAUGUCUAACAAUCAAAGCUCGACUGAUGAUGAUGAUGAUAUUGUUGAAGAAGAAUUAUCAUCAAUAAAAAAAUCAGAAAAGAAAAUUUCUUCAAUUAAAAAUACAUCUAAUGAAAAAUUAAUUACAACUAUUGAUGAUGAUAGUAAUACAAAUAAUAAUAGUAUUGAAUUUCCAGAUGAUAGUUUAAGAAAUGAAAUUACUAUCGAUGAACCAACACCAAUUGAUCUUCUACUUCGUAUUACACCAAAUUCAACAUCAUCUAUUUCUAUAACAUAUAAUGAUAAUAGUAAUAAUUAUAAUAAUAAUAAUGAAACAAUUUCUAUUGAUAAUUAUCUAAAUGAUCAAAAUACAUCUGAAAUAAUUGAUGAAACCGAUCAAGUUGAAAAAAUAGAAUGUGUACGAAAGAAUCAAGAUGGAAUAUCAUUUCGUAUUAAAUUAAUUAAUGAAAAUCAAUCACAAUGGAUUCCAUCAAAAAUUGCUAAUGAAAAAUAUCCUCAAGCUGUUAUUGCUUUUUGGGAAAAUUAUGUUGAAUUUACAUAA